AUGGCGGGAGCUUCGCUUUGGAAAGUCGCUUUCAAGAAUAUUUCAAAGAAACCAGUUUCUUUCAUUCACAUCACAGCUUGUCGCUGUUUCAGCGUAGGGAGACAACGGAGAAAUCAAGAGCAUAGCCCAUUCGACCAAAAUUUGUUGAAGAUCUUAGUUUGUCCCUUGUCAAAGAAGCCAUUGAGGUAUGACAGUGCAAGAAAUGAACUAAUUUCAGAUGACAUUGGAGUGGCGUAUUCAAUACAAAAUGGUAUUCCAAAUUUGAUUCCUCAUGAUGGACGGCUCAUCAAAAAAUAUCACAAAACAUUAAAUGUGAAUGAAUCAAACCAAAACUCAUGA